GAGCCCGCGCAUACACAGGUCUGCUGUGUACCCCAAAAUCGUCCCCAUCGUUCUUCCGCACGCAUGAAACCAACAAAACUGUGAAAUACGGCAAAAGCUCAACCCACAUAAGGCCUCCAUCUCUUGCGGGGUUCAACAUGGAGUCCUUCCACGAAGUGGGAGCGAGAGUAUGGCUUUUAGAAGGCAAGCACUGGGUUCCUUCAGUUGUUACAGAGGUCAUGUCUGGCCAUAUUACCUUUCGUACCGAAUACGAUAAGACUUAUACAAUGCCACAAGACACCAUUAGCAGGAAGAAUGUUAUGCCAAUGCAUCAGACCAGUAUUGAAGGGGUUGAAGACAUGGCUAACCUUGCAGAUCUCCAUGACUCUGCCAUUCUACACAAUCUGCAUCUCAGAUUCAAAACAGACAAGAUAUAUACUUACAUUGGAACCAUUCUGUGUGCUGUCAACCCAUAUUCUUUUAUUGAUGGCCUGUACGAUGAGUCCAUAAUGGAUAAAUAUCAAGAGAAGCAUGUGGGAGAGAUGGAGCCUCAUAUCUAUGCCAUCUCAAAUGAAUGCUAUUACUCCAUGUGGAAAAAGGGCGAGAGGCAAUGUGUGCUUAUAAGUGGAGAAUCAGGAGCUGGCAAAACUGAAUCUACUAAAUUCAUGUUGAACUUUCUCUCUCAUGUGAGCAGUGGCGGGGAUAUGGAACACGGCAUGAUAAGUGUGGAGAAUGCAAUCUUACAGUCGAGUCCAAUUCUGGAGGCAUUUGGCAAUGCGAAGACGGUGUACAAUAAUAACUCGAGUCGAUUUGGCAAAUAUAUUCACCUUCAGUUCAACGCCAAGGGACGCAUGGUUGGCGGAACCAUUCAAGAUUACCUACUGGAAAAGAAUCGUGUCGUGCGUCAAAACCCCGGCGAGAGGAACUACCACAUCUUUUAUUCACUUCUUGCGGGGGCAACACAAGAGCAGACAAACGAUCUAUGUCUGUAUCCCAUACAAAAGUACCACUACCUUCAGCAGAGCGGUUGUGUCAGCGACCCUUCCAUUAACGACAAGGAAGACUUCAACAGGGUUCUGGCCGCUCUGAAAGUAAUGGACUUCCAAGAGGACGAGAUCAACGACCUGCUGCAAGUCAUCGCUGGCAUUCUUCAGCUUGGAAAUGUCGCGUUUCUUGCUGCCGGCGGUGCGCAAGUCGCGGACAAGAACGUUUUGGAAAACGUGGCGAACCUCCUGAAUAUCGACUUCUAUGACCUGGGUGAUGCGUUGACAAUGAAAUCGAUGACACUUCGAGGAGAAGAGAUCCAGUCCCCUUUGACCGUGGACCAGGCGGAAGAUUCUCGUGACUCGAUGGCAAUGAACCUGUACGCGUGUACCUUCAAGUGGGUCAUCGGAAAAAUCAAUAGGCGAAUCAAGAACUCUGAUACUUUCUCCUCAAUAGGAAUCCUCGAUAUCUUCGGUUUCGAGAAUUUCGAGGUGAAUAGAUUUGAACAAUUCAGCAUCAACUAUGCGAACGAGAAGCUCCAGCAAUACUUCAACAAGCAUAUCUUCUCUCUUGAGCAACACGAGUACAACAGGGAAGGUCUUGCGUGGUCCGACAUCGACUGGGUGGACAAUGGCGAAUGCCUGGAUCUGAUUGAGAGGAAACUCGGUGUGCUUGCGUUGAUUGACGAAGAAAGCCGUUUUCCUAAAGGCACAGACGGCUCAAUGCUUGACAAGCUCCACUCUAGUCACCAGGAGAAUGGCUUCUACGUAAAGCCACGAGUUGCGAACACGAAGUUUGGUAUCAAGCAUUACGCUGGCGAGGUUUUCUACGAAACAACAGGGUUCCUCGACAAGAACAGGGACACGUUCCGAGAUGAUAUUCUGAACUGUUUGCGACAAAGCAGAUCUGAUUUCGUGUACGAUGUGAUGGAGUCCAUUAAACCAGGUUUGCCGUCGACGAAUACGAAGUCAGCGAAAAAGCGACCAACCGUCAGCUCCCAGUUCAAGGAGUCGUUGGCGUCGCUGAUGACAACGCUGGGCCAAUCUCAUCCGUACUUUGUCAGAUGCGUUAAGCCAAAUCACAAGAAGCUGCCCCAGAUGUUCGACCCCCAGCUGGUUAUGAACCAACUUCGUUAUUCAGGCAUGCUAGAAACGGUUCGAAUCAGACGUGCUGGCUUCCCCGUCCGCCUCACCUUUAAAGACUUUUUGUACAGGUACAAAGCUCUGCUUCGUGGCAAGCCUCUGUCUGCUAAUACCAAAGACAAUUGUGCUUCUCUUCUGAAAGAGUUUGACCCUGAUGGCACACAGUGGAAGAUAGGUAACACCAAGGCGUUCAUGAAGGACCGGCUGGACUUCUCGAUGGAAAGAAAGCGAAAUGCGGAGCUCGAAGUCGUUGCCAUGGUUAUCAAGAAAAGGAUCAUGGGAUACCUGGUCAGGAAGAAAUACCUGAAGAUCAGAAAUGACGUCAUUCUGUUACAGAAAAUUGCAAAGGGUCGUUUUUAUCGCAAGAAGUUCUUGGCCAUGCAGAAGGCCGCCAUCGCAAUCCAAAAGUUCCAACGUGGACUCGUGGCUCGCAAGCUUCUCAAACGGUUGCUGGAAGAAAAACGACUGGAAGAGGAGAGGAUAAGAGAGGAGGAGCGAAGGAAAGAAGAGGAACGCCGAAGGGAAAUGGAGAGACUGGAGCAAGAAAGGAAAAUCAAAGAGCUUGAAGAGCUUAAACGCAAGGCGGAGGAAGAGGCGCGCAAGAAGGCAGAAGAAGAGAAAGAGAAACGCCGGCUGGCGGAAGCUGAGCGGUUGACUGCCCUGGCAAAGGCGAAGGAAAUCGAAGAAGCACGGCGGAUGGAGGAAGAAGCUAAGAGGCAAGCAGAGGAGGAACUUCGCAAACAACAAGAGAAAGAGCGUCAGCGAAUUGAAGAAGAAGCGAGGUUGAAAGCUGAAGAGGAAGAAAGAAGGCGCAAAGAAGCGGAGGCGGAGGCUGCAGCCCAGAUCGCGGAGCUUGACCGACAACUCAAGUACGAAGACAGUGACGAGGAAGACGAAGAAGACGAGGACACCAUGGAGCGACCGCUGAGUGUUUAUGAAGCAGCGGAGAUGUUACAGGAAGGCUACCUCAUGAUGCGAGGUGGGCUGUUGAGCCUUUGGAAGAAACACUGGUGUGUCCUGAGGGAUGACACAUUCAUGUGGUUCAGAGGAAAACAGGAUGCUCUAAAGAGUGGCUGGCUGAUGAAGAAAGGUGGCGGGACAGGCACACUAUCAAGGCGGAACUGGAAGAGACGCUGGUUCGUGUUGAAGGAUAACAUCCUGACCUACCAUGAGACGGACCAGGAAGGCGCAAAGGCUCUUGGUACUAUAGAUAUCAGGAAAGCUAUGAGAGUCGUUGAUGAUGGAGUGAAAGAAAAUGGCUUCAGCAUCGUGACAGAAGGACGAACAUACCACAUCAUCGCCGAGUCGACAUACGACUGGAACCAGUGGUACAACAUCCUAAACAGAGUGAACAGGGCCACUGAUGCUGACCUCAAGGACAUGCGGGAAGAGUCUGCCAAUGUCAAGAAUGCUGUGGGUACGAUUGACGUGUCGAUGAUCGAGUCGUGCUCCCCAGGUGGAGUUGCAAACAAGCCAAACUGCUUCACGAUUAUCACCGCUAAUCGAGUCAUGAACUUCAUGACAGAGACUGAAGAUGAGCUCAAUGUUUGGGUUCAAGCUAUCAAUGACAGCAAAGAGCGAGAGAUUGACGAAGGUAUGGCGGACGUCCUAGAAAAAGGCUGGAUGGUCAAGGAAGGAGCCAACGACUCUAAAAGGAAAAGAUGGUUCGUCCUCACUGCAAACUCUUUGGACUACUACAAAUCAUAUGUCAAGAACAGCCCGAAGUUUGGCUCCAUCACUCUCAACAGUCUGUGUUCGCUUGUUCCACCUGAGGAGAAGGAGCCAGGUGAUUGGACGUUUGUUGUGAACGGUCGCAAGCGCUCAUAUGUAUUGCACACGAAGCAACAAGAAGAUGCGCUUAUGUGGACAAAUGCUAUACAAGAGGUGAUUGACUCCAAGCCAAUGAUAGAGACGCCUUUUGAGAAGCUUGUUUUGGAAGUUAAGAAUGCCGGAAAUGAUAACGAAGUCGAGCAGGUUAUUCGCACGAACCCAAUCCUCAAGUACUCCAAACUACCAUUGAAGUCACCACUUCUGGCACUUCCAUACGGCCAAUCACAAUCUUCCCGUGUAAAAGGCAAGGAUUACGGAACAUUUCACGAGGAGGCCGUGCGCAUUUUCAACUCUCUUCAAGAGCAGGAAUCACUUGGGGACCCGAUUCCAGUAAUUCAGGGUAUAUUGCAGACUUGUCAGGAUCUCAAACCGCUUAGGGACGAGGUCUUCUGUCAGCUAAUAAAACAAACAACAAGUCCUCCUGGUGUCGACUCAAUUGGCAAUCUCCGUAACAUGCAGGUUUUGGUCUGCAUGUGUUGUACGUUCAUUCCAACUAGAAAGUACCUGCGCUACCUGCGAUCUCAUUUGAAGAGAAGUCGCGAUAAGAAUUCAGAAUCUGAGAUGGCCAAGUUUGCAACAUUUGCUUUGGAAUGCGCAAAGAGGGCGCGACCGAGGGAGUUCCCUCCAUCUAGAGAAGAGAUCAUAUCAUUACUGGGACGACGUGAACUCUCUGCCGUCGUGCACUGUUACGGGGGCGGAUCCUGCAAAAUCACGAUCAACUCUGCCACAACUGCAGGAGAGGUCACAGAGAGACUAUGCAAAGGAUUAAACCUCAAAGAAGGGUUCAACAUCUUCUCAUUGUUUGAGCAGUGCGGCAACACAGAGAAAAACAUUGAGGCCAGGACAGUCUUGGCUGAUGUCCUCUCUAAGUUUGAACGAUACAAAGCCCUAGGAUUGACAGAGGCUGGACAUAAGUGGAAGCUUUUCUUCAAGAUCUUCUGCUUCUUGGACCCUGGAAAAGUGCCCAAUGAGACCGUUGAGUCAGGGUUCCUAUUUGAGCAGGCUUGUGAUGCGAUCUUGAGAGGAAAGUACCCAGCCCCAGAAACAACACUUUACCUCCUGGCCGCCCUCAGACUCCAGUUCACAGAUGGGGACUACAAACCUGGCGCCUGGGUGUCUGAGCUGAGCUCAGUGUUUCCCAUGGGAAGACUAAAGCACCAGCCAAAACAAGAAAAAUUGUCACGAGAUAGAUCCGCUAAUUUUAGCAUAAAGGGGACUCUCCGCAAAGCUGUUUCACCAUUCCUAUCAGGGGGUGGAUCAGCCCAGAACGAGCCAACAGAACAGGAUCAGAAGAUCACAGCAGAAGAAGAGCAGUCUGCCAUCAAAAGCUCCAUUUGUGAACAAUGGAAGAAAUUCCAGGGAGUGGACCAGGAAUCGGCCCAGCAGAAGUACAUGGAGAUUGUAAAGAGCUGGCCUGGCUAUGGAUCCACAUUAUUUGAAGUUGAUACCAAAGAUCCAGGCCUGCCACCUGAACUUUGGAUUGGAGUGAGUUUCAAUGGUGUGUCUAUUUACAAAAGAGGUGAUACAAGGCCCCAAUGUUCCUACACAUAUGAAAAUAUUCUCUCCUUUGGCGCUCCUCAAGCAAACAUCUUCAAAGUUGUUGUUGAUGGACGGGACCCUAUGAUCUUCGAAACUGGACAAGUUAUUGAGAUAGCUAAGCUUAUGAAGGCUUACAUUAAUGAGAUAGUUAGACGUAGACGAGAAAGUCGACUCAGCCGGUGUUCAUCAACAUCCUAACUGGAAAAAGGACUAGCUUUGGUUAGAAUGACUUUCAAUAUAUUUUGAUUACCCAACUUAUACGACAAAAACACUAUUUUUUUAAUUUUCUACAAACUGAAAAUUACAAAAAUUUGACCAAAAGCACUGACUAAGUUAGUGUACAAUGACAAGCAACAUUGAAUGCAUAAGAUUUUGAUAUACGCAAACUGUAUACAUGUCAUCACUUCUAAUACAUGUUUUUUACAUUGUGUAAAUGAAAUAAAUUAUUGAUAUAUAGAAGCUCAAUGACUAGUAUUAUCAAUAAAUUAAUGGUGGUAUUUACUACUGUAGUGAAAAAAAAAAAGAAUCUGAAUUUUCAUUGACAUUGGUCUUUAGAAAGAGCUGUGUUUUAUUUUUAGGACAACAUCAAAUGUUUGUUAAUACUCAAAUCUCUGUAUAUUUUUAUUCUAUUUUAAUAAAAGUGAAAAUGUAGCAUUACAAUA